CAUCGCUCAAAAGACAGACCCAGGAAACAUCAGAUUCGCCUCGAAAAUUUCGAACAACCGCGUGUGUAUAUAAUAUACCUUGCUACGAAAGAAUUAGUUAAAGAAUUUGUAGAAGUACAGAAAACUGUACUAAUCGGAACACAAACCUUAAACAUCCGACCGCUCGUCAACAGUAAUAAGCGCAUUAUAUUAUCAAACGUACCCCCAAUAAUCCCUCACAGCUACAUUCUUGACGAACUGCACAAACUAAACAUUGAAAUAAUAUCGCCCCUCUCCUUCCUUCGAGUGGGACUGAAUGAACCUGGCUUUGCACAUAUUAUGAGCUUCCGCAGACAAGUGUACAUUAAAGCUAAUGACGCAUUAAAUUACCUGAAAUUCUUCAAUAACUACAAUAUAUACCCUACCACUGACUCACCGGCAUGCUUUAUCUGCCACGUAGAAGGUCACUUAGCUAAAGAAUGCCCAGCUAACAAUCCUAAAACUUCUGAUAAUCCAAGUCAACCAAAUCAAUCUGAGACACAACAACCCCCCAGUAACCGUGAACCAAGUCGCCCAAAUGCUCCCAAGGCCGGGGACAAACCCCCGAUGCCCCUGUUGGACUCAGGCUUCAAAAGACCCUAUGCCCUCUCGGGAACUUCUACAGAAUCAACAUCAUCAAUCACCUAUAAAAGGGAACUUACCAUGCGGGAUAAAACGGCGAACAAAAAAAAAAAAGAAGACAAAACUGAAAAAAUUAACGAACCUCUACAAAUACCCGUGUCAGUACAGAACGAGAUGUCAAACAACCCUACCAAACACCCUUGCAAUUUCAACCAACUACAAAAUCUAUACGACAGAACUAAAGGCGAAAAACAAGUGAAGAACAUCAUCGAAGAGUUCAAAAUAGACCCAACACAAACAAUAAUGAUGCUCUCCUCGCUCUAUCCCCUCCUCAGCUCACGGGGAAUGAAAUCAAGAUUUACUAAGCUAAGAAAUAGAAUCAGAGAUGAAUAUAAAAUUGAAUAUGAAAUAUCUCUCGGCUCAGAUUCGAAUAAGUCCAGAUAUAACGACAGCACUGACAUUGAGAUGUCAGGAGAUGACACAGUCUUACAC